UUAAGUCACCAGUGUCGGAUCGUGAGAAAGUGGAGAGGGAUUCUCGCGCUCCUCGCAUCUCGCAGGACAUUUAAAUUGUAACCCAGGCGGACGGGCGGGCCGGGCAACCUUGGGUUUCAACACUCCGAAAGAGGGAAAACCGUUGUUCCUCGCGUCGGUCUGUAAAAAGAAAGGACUAAAAAAAAAGAAAAAAGAAACUCACGUCGUUCUCUCCCGCACCGAUCAAAGCGCCUGUUCCUUUCUCUCCCUCUUUUCUCAUGAUUCCUUCGGGAAACGAAACGUACUAGUCGCCCCGUGGACUUCGACAAACGCGAAUCGCCCGACGAUCAAGUGGCACCAGCCGGAAAACGCACACACGCACUACGCUUAUUUAUUAAGAUCUCCCUCGAGAGUCCCCCCCCCCCUCGCAAACGUAUUAUUUAUUACGCUUUUUGUGCUUUGACUCGCGGAAUAACGUGUGGAAAGCAAGUAUCGAAGAGCAAGAGGAGGAGAAGUACUCGCAAUUUUUCUACGUCGACCAAGAAAGAAAGAGAGACAAAAACAUCUUUCUUGAAAAGGUGAAUAUGUGAUGUAUAGGCACGUGAGAAACUGAUCGAAUAGACGAACACGCCUCUCUUUUGCUCUCUGGCUGGUCGCAUCGUCGCAAUUGCGACUUUGGCCCGUGCACACAUACACGCGCGCGCGCGCAUACACAUACAUACACAUAUUACGCGUGUACGCGCGUAGUCGUCGUUCGCGACUUGUCGCGAGGUGAGUGAUCAGAGCCUCGUUUCCGUCUCGUUCGCUGUGAAAAAGGUGUUGAGUGUCUGCCUACAUCUCUUUCUCUCUCUCUCUCUCUCUCUCCUCGUCCUGGAAUCCGUCAAUAACGAGAUCCUUCGACGGACCACGUGGACGGAACAGAUCCGUUACGUGUUCUGAGGAGAAGAGACCCGUGGUGGAAGAGAACCAAGAGAGAAGAGAAGCCAAACUUGCUCGAUCCUCGCCCGUCAUGGAUCUUCUAUGCUGCGAGACCACGGAGAACGAGUGCCGGGCGUACGCCGAUCCUGCUCUCCUAGGCGACGACCGGGUGCUGCAGAAUCUCCUGCAGACCGAGGAACGCUACGCGCCGAGCCGGUCGUACUUCGAGUGCGUGCAGAGUGAUAUCUCGCGGCCCAUGCGCAAGGUCGUCGCCGAUUGGAUGUUGGAGGUAUGCGACGAGCAGAAGUGCCAGGAUGAAGUCUUUCCCCUGUCGAUGAACUACGUCGACAGGUUCCUGUCGAUCUGCCCGAUCAGGAAGUCGCAGCUGCAGCUACUCGGCACCGCCUGUUUGCUGCUGGCGUCGAAGCUGCGCGAAACAUCGCCGCUCACAGCUGAGGUCCUGGUUUUCUACACCGAUAACUCCAUCACCCUCGACGAUCUGUGGAGGUGGGAGCAGCUGGUCGUCUCCAAGUUGAAGUGGGAACUAUCCGCGGUGACGCCCGGUGACUUCCUAAUGCACAUCCUCAGCAGAUUGUCGAUGCCGCGCACCUGGGACACCAUGAUGGUCCGGAGGCACGCGCAGACCUUUAUUGCUCUCAGCGCCAGAGACUUUGAAUUCGCUAUGUACACGCCGAGUAUGAUCGCAGCCGCGAGUGUAGCGGCGGCGUUACACGGACUGGAUUGGACCGGGAAGAGCGGCUACGGGCUGACCGGUCUUCUGCACGAGCUCACCCGCAUCACGGCCAUUGAACAGGAUUAUUUGCAAAGUUGCUUAGAGCAGAUCGAGAGAAUGAUCUCGCAGGCCAAUCUCGAGAGCACCGAAGGUGCCGGAACCGGAAGCGGGCAUCAGACAAUGAGCGCUGGAGUCCCUAGUGCAUCGCAAAGGCCAUUGGGGGACCAAAACAACACGAGUCAGGAGAAAAUACUGGAGCACGAGAAGGCGGGCACGCCAACCGAUGUCAGGGACGUACAUUUUUGAAAACCGCAGUAGGGGGACACUCUGUGGGGGCUGACACAUCGAUGAGUCUGACUGCCGAGGAGAAGUUACCUUCCAGUGAGGAGGAGGAAGAGGAGGAGAAAACGAAGAAAGAUAACGAUAAUAAUGAUGAUGAUGACGAUGGGCAGUCAGAGAAGAAACGGAGAAAAAUCGUGGAGGAGCGGGAAGAUGUGGAAGCGAAAUGUAACAUGGAACCAGCUGAUUGUUAUUCGGAGCGAGGAACUUCUCCCGAAGAAUCUCGAGAUCGAACUUGAUCACUCGUUAAUUGCGUUUCAUUGAAAAUUACGACGCGAAUUGUCGUAAGCCGGAAGUAUGCGUAGAAGGUUUUUGAAUCAUGAAUAUAAGGUUUAUUUCAUUACGAGAUUGACAGGACGUAUUUAUAAUGCGAGAGAGAAUUUUUAUGUUCUUGGAUUUAUUACAGAACUAACAUAUAUGCGAUGUGUUCUAAAUCAGUUAAAGCAACGAAGUUUUGGUUUUUUUCAUACUUACAUCCGGCUGUAUAACGUCUUAUGUAUUAUACAUAUAUUUAUUCGACGCAUGCGUUCAUCGUUCAUUUGACGAUAUGUAUUUCACGUUUUAAUUGUAUUUUAAGAGUUUGUUUUCUAAAAUUGCUUUAAUUUCGCGAGAUUCGCAAAUCGGCAAGUCGAGAAAUAACCGACCUAUCGAUUUUCUAAUUAAUUUUCAAUCAAAGGACAAGCAAUUCAGGUGGUGAUCGAAUGAAUGUACGUUUCGAUCGCGAAUUAUUUGAAAUACUAAAGAGGAAAACAAACAAGAAUAAAUGAAGAAAAUCUUUCCUUCUUUCUGGCCUGUAGAUUCCUUAUUAAAAGGAAAUUAUUAACUUUCUAUUGUUGGUUUUCCAAGGGCUUAAAGUCCAAUUGUAUUAUUUAAAAGGAUUAAAUCACGAUUAAAAACAUUCUUGAGAUGGUAUGAAAGAAAUAUGAGAAGAUGAAGAGGACCACCCACUGAACUAGAAAAAUCCAUGUGUCUGAAUAAAUGCUGUUCCGACGUGUGUCGCCCCUAGAAACAAGAAAAAGAAUAAAAGAAAAGAAAAGAGCGCAGGAAUCAGGAAGGCGUGCGAAUUGGGGGAAGGCAAUGCAAUACGCUUUACGCAUUUGUAACUUUGUAAUAGGAAUAUACAUUUAAUUUUUAGGCGACAAAAAACUAUCGAAAAAAAAGACGAAAGAGAUGAUGUAAGUUGGAGGGGGAACUCGUUCUCCGCGCGCGUGCGAGCACUAAAAAGAAAAAAAAUCACUUAGUCAUAUCCAGAGUCAUCAAACGUUUUGUACAUACAUAGGCAUAUAAGCGUACGAAUAAAUGAAUAUAUAUAUUAUAUCGAAAAAAAAAAUAUAUAUAUCUAUAUAUACAUAUGUAAACAGAUGAGGAUGAAAGACAGGGAAACAAAGAGAAUGCACGAUAAAAAAACCGAAAAGUGCGAGAUAAUCGAUAGGAAACAGGGAAUACUUGGACCGUAUUAUUUGCGAUAUUAAAAUAUAUGAGGUUUAACAUAAAUUAAAUAAAUAAUCGAAGGAACUGAUAAUACAGUUUACUCAGGAGAAGUAUUCUCUUUAGAAAUUACAUAGCGGUUAAAAGGAUCACACGUUUCAGUCCUUUUAUUUCUAUUGAACUUCUAAGAGAAAAGAAAAAGGACCCAUGCAUAGAAUACAUGUCGCGAAUAUUUCAGGAACGAAUACAUGCAGAUAUUUUUUAAUGGCAAAAGUAUUCGUUUUUUUUUCUAAGAAACUACUGAGAAACAAAUAAAGUCUCUGUGAUGUAUAAUGCGUAACACAUUGUGGUCUCUUGAAAUUUUGCGUCGCGUGAUACGGUUCGAUUGCUUCUAUCUAGUUUUGUAGAGUUUCACACUCCGACUAAGGUUUAUCCAAAUGAUGAGCGACACGAGUCUUAAUUCCCGAAGAAUUAACGGCGCGGCCGUUCGCUUAUCCCGCUCGGUUCCUAAAUAGGGUUGCGCCAAUCCCUCCCGCGUAUGCAUAACGUAAUGCAAAAUGUAAGAAGAGUGAGUUGCGAAGUGUAUGCGUGUGUCGCUGUUACUACUGUGUACGUAUGUGUGUUUGUGUGUAUGCGAAAGGGGAAGAAUGAAAGAAAAUGAAGGAAAGAGGAGCUAACAAGAAAGAAAUAAAUGAGCGAAAAACCAAAAAAAAAUAAAAAUAAAAAAUUUUUUCCCCCUUUCGAAAAAGUGUUGUCAAUAUAUUAUAAUCCGCGGUACAUAUAUCUCAAGGUACGUCCAUCGUUUACGUGGACGUGUUGGUCGGCUGUAUAUACGUAUAGAUAGGCUGUACGAUUUAAGAAUUAACGCGUAGUGAGUUUAAACGUGAAAAAGAAAAAAAAUAAUACGAAACGAUUAAUGAAAAAAAAACGAAUGAUAUUUUGAGAAACAAACGAUACAAUAUGUAACAACGAAAUAUUGUCGAAAAAAAAAAAAAAAACUUAUGGAAGGCAAUCGAAGUCCAGUAGUUUUGUACGCUGCGUCGAUUGCAUAUCGCCUAAAAAAAUGCGUGAUUUUUUCAAGUACGCUUGAAAGAAGAAUAAUUUCGCUCCGACAGUAUCGCGCGAUCAUUUAAUCCUCGAAUUAUUUUUAUGCGAUAUAAAUGGAUCGGCUCGCGCGAUACUGUCGUGGCGAUGCUCCUACGAUUCUAAACAUCGUCGAGCGACGUGGCGAAACUAAUCGUCGUGCGCGUUUGGACCGAUGUCCAAAAAGUAGAGAUUGAAGUUUAUUAGUACUUAACGAGAGUCUCACAGGAUUGGGAUCGAACGGGAGCUUCGUCGUUUCGUGCUCGCAAAAAACUUUCACGAUCGUACCAUGAGCUGAGCAAGUUUCGGGAACGGGACGUUGCUCUCAGCUUUCGAGAUUGCCCAAUUUUGCGUAGACAGAAUUGUCCUACGUCUCCUAUGUGUCCCACGUCUGCGUCGUGCAGCUCCGAGGACUCUCUUGCGCAUGAGAGUCGCGAGUCGGCUCGAGCGGAUACGCGAAUACUAUGGUGUGCUCGAUACAUGUACUGUGAAAAGAACGUACGUGUCAGCACGAACAAUGUUUAUCGCGUUGUAAGGUCUCUCGCUGGACGAGUCGGUCGAGUCGGCUCGAUGACACGAGGAACGUGGACGAUAGGGUCUGUUGUGCGGUUCCGGUGACUUCCGGACAAUUCGUAAAUCGGUCUAGAUUGUCCGAGCGUGCAUGCAUGCGUGAAUCGACCCGAGGACGAAGAUACUGAAAGACUAUAGAGAUUGCUGGAGAUAAUAUGUGAAUUUUUCAUCGGGAUUUUGAGAGACAAAGAGGGUGCCCAACGUGCCACGAAGCUAAUUAGAAAGCUAAUUAGUUGCGUAAUGCCAAUAACCAAAACCUAGUACAAUGUAACCGGAGUCGAAUAAUAUACAAAGAUAUCACGGGAGAUCUGCGCGGCUGAUCUUUUCCCUUUUAUUUUCUUUUGCUUCUUGUUAUUAAUACUCCGCGUAUGAGUACCGUUGCCGACGACACGUGUCUUCGAAUUUGACGUUAGCAUCGUCGUGCACAAUUAAUCGAGCGCAAUUAAUCGAUUCCGAUUCGGCGAGAAGAAAUCUAUCCCCAUUGUAAAAUCCCUAAAUCAAAGAAAAAUGAUUCAAUUUAAUGAAGACAUGUAUAGAUUUUUUGUGGUGGCUAAUUUUUUCUUGCCGAAUUUUGUUGUAAAUGAAGAAAUAUUCGCGUUAUCACUGCUCACUUUUAUGGCAGAGAAAAAUUCUUUUUUUAUUUAAAAAUAAUUUUUAAUAAAUAUAUAUAUAUGUAUAUAAAAUAUAUAAACAUCUAUUAAAAUUUAUUUAUUAAAUAUAUAAAAUUGUAAACCAAUCCAUUUUAUUUUCUCUUCGCGCGAUUAAAUUAUAUGUAUUUAAUUUAAUCGAUGCAAUCUCUCUCGAAGAGAAAAGGAGAAUAGAAUUGCGUCGAUUUUAUAAAAUUUUUGCGAAUUUUCUUUUUUUUUUAAAUUAAGGAAUUCGAUAUUGCGCUACAAUUAAUAAUUGAGAAUUAUUAACUGCGGAAUUGUACAUUUAAACGAACAAUGAGAAUAGCGUUUUAUUCAUCUUGUUGCGUUCGUAUGUGUACAUAUAUGUAAUUAAUGUAAUGCAGAGUGUGUUACGAAACAUUAUAUUUGUUCGCUAUGCGCGUCGAUUUAUUACUGCACGUCGAGCCGAUAUAAUCCCGCGUAAUCCGUCAUAGGUUCCUAACGAGUGACGAUGAUAUUGUCCGACCGCGAAGAAAAAAUGCGGGACGCGAUGUGCGUGUUUAGCGUUUAAGCAACGAAAUGUAUAUAAAAGCGAUAACACUCUGAAGAGAAAAACCGAGCUAUGGAGCAUCCAUAUAGUAUAAUCCAAUUUAUUUUGUCUAUUGUCGAUUAAUCUCAUUGACUUCACUCAGUCAGACAAGAUCUUUUGCUUUUUAACGAUAGAGUGGAAAAAAUAUAAUCUUGACCAUCGAAAUGAUGUAGCUUUUCUUGAGAAAAGUUAACGAGAUUAAUGGUAAUUUCAAAGAAUUAAAAUAGAUAACGGGGUAAAAAAAGCAUGAAAAAAAAUGAAGAGAGGGACAAAAUUAAGCGUGGAGCUCGAUGUAGAUAGAAGCGAUGGGCAAACCAACAGAUAAAAAUUUUAUUUUUAUAAGAACGAGAAGAUCGUCUGAAAAAAGAUUUAGAUUCGAGCUUCUCAUAAAUAAGGAAGUAUAAUAUCCAUGUGUGAUAUGCAUAAAUCAUGUAUGGAAACUGUACUCCAUGAUCGGUGAUUCAUUUUUUUGCGUUUAUAAUUAUAAACACAUAGACAUUAAUACACAUACACAUAACUCGGUUAGUAUACGUGUACAUUUUCCCAUACAUUUUUCACAAAACUUCACUGAUCUGUCAAGUGGCAUGGUUUUUUGUUUGUCUCUUUCUUGAUCGUUUUUUUUUUUUUUUUUUUUGUUUAUUAUUAAUAGCGCAAUAGAGAGUACCACACUGAUAUACCUCAAAUCACACUUUGCGAGAUAUUCAUCGAGAUACUGUAUUUGAUCCACCGUACUUUUUACCGAGUCAGAGGAAAACGAGACAUCGAAUAAUGGCGUUACUUUUAAAGUUAGCACGUAAAUUACUUCUUUUAAUUGCAUAGAUGAGAAUUGAACUAUGUAAAAUGGUCCGACGUCUGUGUACAUACCUUAUGCGUAUUCGCGGCAUCGCAAUCGAUUGAAAAUAAAGCAUCGAUAUUUUAUACAA